CUCUCUCUAACAAGAGAAGGAACAAAGGCAAAGCAAAGCAAAGAGACUCUCUCUCGCUCGCAGUGCUCGUUUCCUUUUUCUCCCUUUCUAACUCUUAACAGCUUCUCUCUCUCUUCUUUAAACUGUCGUCUUCCCCUUCUCCGGCGGCUUUUGGGGACUUGUGGGGGAGCAGGUUCGAUAAAGGGAUUGUUGUGCUGAGAGGUCUCUCAUUCGCCAAAUAAUUAUAAGCACUGGUCUUUGCCAUAGUGCUUAAUAGUUUGGAGUUAUGGGGAACGCAUGUUGUGUUGCUGCUCGAGACAAAAUGGUGUUGCCUAAUUCAUUAGCUGGUGACAAUUUGCAGAGGGCCAAUGUCAGGCAUUCUCCCAGUUGGAGUUUUCGGUGGGAUAAUAGAGGACGUGUAGCUGGUGAAGAAACCUCUCUCAGUUGGUUAUCUGAUGGGAUUAGUCGCAACGAUGGUUCUGAGAUCAAAUUUGGAUCUGCUUUUGUAUCAUCUGAAGGGUCUCCUUUGGACAGUUUUCGUCGGACACAGUCAUUGCAGAAAUCUCCUGCUUCAGAUUUAUCUUUUCCAAGAUAUUCUUCCAUGGAUACAGUCUUCGAACAGAAAGAAAAUGCUUCAACAGAGUCUGCAGCACAAUCAUAUCCAUCUCCUGCACAGUUGUCUCUUUCACUGGCUUCACAACCAUCAUCUUUCCCUACGUCACCACUUUCAUCCCAAAGCUACUUGCAGCCUGCAAGUUCAUCGACACUUAAACUGACACAGCGCCCUCGUCUAUCAAAGAAAGUCUCAGAUAGUCAAAUCUAUGGUCCGACCUCACUAAGUGGAAGCUCAGCAACUGAAGAGAGGCAGGGAACUCCUUUGAGAUAUGAUUCUUCUCAGUCCGGACCAUCUGAAGGCUGGUCAUUGCAAGCCUUUUCUGAAAUGAUGUCAUCUUCUCGCAGCGACGAGCCUUUGUCUUAUGAUAAUGAUUGCUUUGGGCUUCAACGUGACAAGAUAGACCAUCAUGGCAAUCGAAUGUCCAAGCAUCAGCAAAUCUGCGGUGCUUGCUGUAGACCCUUGUCGGAGAAAUCCUUGUGGAGCAGCCAAAAGAUCUUUAUGACCAACGAGCUCUCUGUGUCUGCAAUUCUAGCUUGUGGGCAUGUCUACCAUGGGGAGUGUUUAGAGCAGAUGACACUAGAAAUCGAUAAGUUCGACCCUUCAUGCCCAAUCUGCACAAUGGGUGAGAAGAAAACGGCAAAGCUGUCAGAGAAAGCUUUGAAAGUAGAGAUGGAUUUGAAAGCUAGACACAACAAAAGACUCAGAAACCGAGUUUUGGACAGUGACUUUGAUUGCGAUGAUUUAAUAAUGUUUGAGCACAGCCACAGGACAGCAGCAGCAGCAAGCAAGAGUCCUAAACUGGUCUCGAGUUCUAGUGCUACAAGCUAUUCUGCUAAGCCUUUCUUGGCUCGACACUUCUCUUUUGGGUCCAGAAGUAACUAUAAAUCCCACAAAGAGGAUCCUCCUAUCAAAAAGAAAGGCUUCUUCUGGACCAAAUCCAGCAAAAUAUGAACUUAUUUUGCCGUGCCUGUAACUUGACUACUGUCUGAAGCAUAGAAGUCGACACACAAGAACGAACACCACGGUACCAUUCAAUUAAAAGCAGGAUAUUUGUUGUUACACAUUUUCCUCGUAAAGCUCAACAAAAUUUGUCUUAUCCAUGUUUUUUUAAUAAUGAUUACUAAAUUUUCACACAUGUAAAGUUACAAAUUUAGAUUACAAGGUUGGGGAUAAAUACAACAUUGGAUCAUUAGUCUUUUUAACUAUCCUGGAUUUGCACAGAUCAGAAUCGGACUCUGAAUGCAAUCGAUUUGGUGUAGUUUGUAUUAUAUCUACCAGCUGGAUCUCAACUAAACUCUUUUUAUGUAAAUGUUAAUUCGUUUCUCCUUUAUAUUGAUGGUGAUUAUAACA